GAGUGUCAGGGGAAGCCCUAGUGCUGUCAGCCCACUUUUCUGCCAUUUUUACCGCUGUCAGCGCUACUUGUGGCUAUCAGCUGCCCACCAGGCGGCGAGAAGAGCAGAGGGUAGGCCGGGGUAGCGUGAGAGUAGCGCAGGAGUAGCGUGAGGGCAGCUAUGGAGGAGUCAGUGUUGAAGUUACUGGAGUCUGGCACCAGCCACGACGUGGCUCGUCUCCUCAAGGAUUUUGUUGACAAGUAUGAGAAACAGUUCACCCCGGUGGGUCUGGACGCUGACCUGUGUCACCGACUGUGGGACGUGAUCCUGGGACGCCUGAGUGACCCAGCGGCCAGCACCACUCACCAGACUUGCCUCUCCGCCAUAAGAAUUUUAAGUCGUGAUAAAUCUUCGUUAAACCGGGUUAUUGAUAGCAACAGACUAGCGGUGAUAGUUCGACUGGCCGGCUUGGUGCCAGAGGAGGAAGCCUUGGAGCGACUUAAUCAACAGAUUAAUUACGAUGUUGUGAUUGAAGCACAGAAGUGCCUGAGCAACUUGGUGUACAAUAGCAGUUCCAUCCAGCGGAUGUGUUGCAACAACAGCUGUGUUCCGGGCCUCAUGUGCCGCCUCAAGACCUUCAGGGACCCGGAGCUGCCGCACAUCGUCAAAUACUUCGACAUGAGACUGCUCUUCUUGCUGACAGCUUUCUGCGGUGACAUCAGACCGCAGCUGAGAUCGGAGUACCACGGCCUCACAUACUUAAUUGAGAUUCUGGACUUGUCUCUGAAGACGGCUCAGGAGGAGAGUGAAAUCCAGUCCAUCAACGGCUAUAUUCCUUGUCCUGUCAUUUUUAAUGAUGAGCAGGCCGAACUGGUGAACGAAGUUUUAAAAGUCUUGUACAACCUGGUCCUUCAUAUUGACAAGAACAGCCCAGACGAAGAAGAGGACAGUCAUUGUCUUCGCUUGAUCACUAUACUCCGCUCUCUCUUGCUGGCGCUCUGUCGAUGCCCAGAGAAAACUGAUUCCCUGCACAGCAACACUGUUAACUUGUUGCUGGUGAUGCCACCGAACAUGUAUGAGGAGUUGUUACUGAGUAUGCCACAGGCUAAUGGUGGAGCCUCGUCCCCACCCAUGCCAGCGGUAGUGACGACACAACCCACCGCCGGGGCCACGGCGCUGGUCGAGGCUGCGUGCUUCACCGACAUUAAUAGUCACGAACUGGACGAGCGUUCGUGUGAGUACGAUGGGAAAGACAUGACCGCCAUAAUAAAGCUUCUAGAUUUUCUCGACUCGAGGCUAAACACGCCUGGGCAGUCAUCCAACAAGUCUCUGAUGCCCAUCCUGACGCUGAUGGUGGAGAUGGUGCAGGCCAACCGUACCAUACGCAAGUUUGUGCGUUUGCGGGUGUUGCCGCCACUGCGGGACGUGAGCAAGAGACCAGAGGAGGGGCGUACACUGCGUAACAAGCUCUGUACCCUCAUGACCUCCCCACUUCACGAUCUCAAGCACUUGUCUGCCAACUUCCUCUUCAUUCUAUGCAAAGAAAGUGUUGACCGUCUGAUAAAGUACACCGGCUAUGGCAAUGCUGCCGGACUCCUCGCUUCUCGUGGACUCAUGCUCGGUGGCAGUAAAACGUCGGUGGACUACUCUUCGGACUCUGAGGAUUCCGACACGGAAGAGUACGAAAGAGUGAGGGAAAUGGUAAAUCCAGUGACUGGCAGGUACGAGCCUCCACGACCGUCACCUCUAGAGGGCAUGACCGACGAGCAGAAGGAACACGAGGCGAUGAAGCUUGUCAAUGUUCUGGACAAACUCACAAGAAACAACAUCAUCCAGCCUUGCCGCAUCGGCGACGACGGGAAACCUCACCCCAUCGAGAGCGUAAUGGAACUGCAAGAAGGGAUGGGCGUCAAGCAACCUCCCAACCACAACAGUGAAGGCUCCCACUAGCUGCAUGGCCGUCACACAUUAAACACUGGCAUUUACCCUUUUAUAUCGAUACAAAUCGUGACUUAGUUUGUAUUUUGCACUUUUUAUCACCAACCUUUUGGUAAUAAACAUAUCUUCGAGCUGAUAGGUGAAAGAUGUCGGGGCCCCUAACUGGCUCUGGGGUACAUGGACACCCCAGUAAUUGUAGGAAUUUUAAGCGUAUUUAUGUCGUCGGUUUGAAACUUGUAGUGAAUGGUGCGUAAAUGGCCAACUGGGUAUAGAAAACGUGUAGUAGAUCAAGCCUUUUAUUGUUAGGUAAAAGGAUGCAGAUGCAACUGAUGUGACAUUUUAUUGUGGAGAUAAAUGGUACAAAAUACCAACACGAUGGAAAAAAUAAAUGAAGCAUAAUGCGAUCCUUUAUUGUAGUUUCGCCCACACAGUGGGCUUAUCAAUCACAAACAGCUCUGUGACUUCAUAAAGUCCACUGUGUAGGCAAAACGUAGUCAGUAAAGAAUUGUUUAUUUUUCCAACAUUUUAUUGUGGCGACGUUUCGCUCUCCAGGAGCUUUGUCAAGCUGUUACACCUUAACAAAGCUCCUGGAGACCAAAACAUUGCCUCACUAAAAUGCUGCAUUAAUUGCACUUGUAUUCUUUUACCUAAUAAUUUGUGGGGUAACUCUACCAUUAUUACUGACCUUGUUUUACAUGAGGUUUUGCCUGAACUGCAGUGCCUCCACUUGUCAUUCAAGAAAAGUGAGGAUAUUUCCACUCAGAGGGUACCUGAAUGGUGAUGUCUGAUUGCCUCUAACAAGACAAUGACUCAACAAAUGACUGAACACGUGACUGAAUUUGGCAGGAGAUAAUGUACAAUUCGGGACACUUACUAGAGGAAAUGGCUCGCCAUGAGCGGCAUCUUCAGUCUUGUCUGUACCACCAUUUCUCACUUUGGUGGGAGAUGGCCAGUGUAUCAAAAUACUUGAAACAGAAUUUUUUGAAGGCUACCCUAUGUACAGUACAGCAAGUCUUCGACUAACGAACAUAUUGAUGAUGCUUCCUGUAUUAUGAAUAUUAUACAUAAUACAGAAGGUCCCCAAUGUGUUCGUAAGUCAAGGACUUACGAACACAUUGCUUCAAAUCCUAUUGAGGGCAAACCGUCAUACAACAAAGGCUCGCUCUGCUAGAUGCGUUUUCCAUUCCUAGUUUUGAGAAUUGUCUUCACUGUUGUAUGACUGAGAUCAUAGCACUUAAAAAACUUUGUCUUAGGUGUUAUUCUUCCCUUUUUGAUGAAGAAGAUUUAUAAACGAGUGUCGUUGUGUGCUGCAUUUCUCCUCGAUGUUUUAUAUGCGAAUUGAUAAGCUGGAAUAACGUACAGUACAUUGUUACUAUUAUUUUUUUAAGAAACCUGCCAUAUCCCACCUAAGCAAGGUGACCAAAAGUGAAAAACAAAGUUUUUCUUUUUAAACAUAUUAAUGUAUACAGGAGAAAGGGUUACUAGCCCCUUGCUCCUAGCAUUUUUGUUGCCUAUUAUGACACGUGUGGCUUACGGAGGUAGAAUUCUGUUCCACUUCCACUUAUUAUUAGUUCAGGUGCACAUCUCUCUUUCUGAAACCCUUGGGCCUGUAUUGUUUCGAAUUUCAGACUUUUUCGAAUUUUGGAAUGAUUCUCAACGCCGCCACGUGGCGGUGUGACCCAGCACAGAGAUGACUGAUCCUCCACACUCCACAAAAAAAUUUCGGUUUUCGGAAUUUUUCGAAUUUCAGAAUUUAGGAUAAAGGGAUGUGGACCCGUAUUAUUAUUAUUAUUAUUGUUAUUAUUAUUGUGUACAGUAUACUCUCUUUUAAAGCUCCUCUGUAUAGUGUGAUCUUUUAAUGGGAUUGAAAAUGUGCAUCCAAGAUUAAAUUACACGACCUAUGGAGGCCUUUCAGUGCACCGUUCAAUUUUGGAUGUACUUCUUCAGUUGUAGUUGCAAAAAAUGCAUUAUAUAGCAGUUUUUUAAAAGAGUAGCCUCGAUCAGUGCAAAUUCAGUUAGCUUGAGUUUGAUUAGUGCGGGUUCAAUUAGUGAGUUUCAUUAGUGCAAGUUCAAUUAGUGUGAGCUCGAUUAGUGUGAGCUCGAUUAGUGUGAGCUCGAUUAGUGCAAGUUCGAUUAAUGAGAUUUAGUACAAAAUUUAUUUAUGCGAGUCUUUUCUCCCAGACUCGUCAAAUUUUGUUAAAAAAUUACAUAUAUAAUUGGAGUAGCGUGAAUUUGAAUAAUGGGACCACUUUUCAGGAUUCAUUAUUCCCACUAGUCAAAGUUACUUAAUUUUUAUUAUUAAUGUUAGUGUUAAUGUUGCAGUUUUAUAGCUGUAGUGUAAGCCCGCCUCUGGCAAGACAGUCAUGGAGUGAAAGAUGGUGAAAGUUUUUCUUUUUUGGGCCACCCUGCCUUGGUGGGCCACCCUGCCUUGGUGGGCCACCCUGCCUUGGUGGGCCACCCUGCCUUGGUGGGCCACCCUGCCUUGGUGGGCCACCCUGCCUUGGUGGGCCACCCUGCCUUGGUGGACCACCCUGCCUUGGUGGACCACCCUGCCUUGGUGGGCCACCCUGCCUUGGUGGACCACCCUGCCUUGGUGGGCCACCCUGCCUUGGUGGACCACCCUGCCUUGGUGGUCCACCCUGCCUUGGUGGACCACCCUGCCUUGGUGGGCCACCCUGCCUUGGUGGGCCACCCUGCCUUGGUGGGCCACCCUGCCUUGGUGGGCAGCAGCCGAUGUGUUAGUAAAAAAAAGAAAUCGAAUAACAUCCAGAAAGUGAAUUCCUGCUAAAUCAAUUCCUGUGUUUUUAUCUUUGUUAUUAACACAUCGACUGUUACCCACCAAUGCAGGGUGACCCAGAAAAGAAGAAAUACUUGAUCAUCAUUCACUCCACCUCUGUCUUGCCAGAAGCAUGCUUACACUACAGUUAUAAAACUGCAACAUCAGCACCUCUCCUGUGUUUUGUAGUGUAGAAAUACCUUUUAUAGCACAGUUACCGGGUGCCGAAAAAUUUCCAUGCUAUGCAAAACCGCACCGUUUAAAAGAUCGUGAUAAUGCAUUAGCGUAAUGAGCCCAAUGUGAAAUAACGCUAAUGCGUGCAUUGAUACCCCACCUGUACCCAGAGCAGAGUUAAGAUUUUGUAGGCCCUUGUUGGUACUAUGAGACCCUCUGGGCUACAGGUACUGUGAGGCCCCUGGGCUACAGGUACUGUGAGGCCCCUGGGCUACAGGUACUGUGAGACCCCUGGGCUACAAGUACUGUGAGACCCCCAGUGAUAUUUUCAGUAGGAAUGAAAAGUUAAAGGAAUAUCCAAUGAAAACCAAACAGUUCAUCAUAUACGUGCUGUAAUAAAAUGUUACAUAAACCUGGGAGCAAGGGGCUAGUAGCCCCUUGCUACCAGGGGCUAGUAGCCCCUUCUCCUGUAUACAUUACUAAAUUUAAAAUAGCUUUCAAUUUUCAUUUUGGUCACGCUGCCUCGGUGGGAUACAGCCUGUUUAUUGAAAAAAAACUUAGAGCAGUAAUUAUGAACAUUUUUCACAUAAUCUCUGGAGGCCUUCCAGCUGGCGGUGUCCCUCCAGCUGGUGGAGGACCUCCAGCUGGUGCUGUCCCUCCAGCUGGUGGAGGACCUCCAGCUGGUGGAGGACCUCCAGCUGGCAGAGAACCUCCAGCUGGUGGAGGACCUCCAGCUGGUGGAGGACCUCCAGCUGGUGGAGGACCUCCAGCUGGUGGAGGACCUCCAGCUGGAGGAGGACCUCCAGCUGGUGGUGUCCCUCCAGCUGGUGGUGUCCCUCCAGCUGGUGGUGUCCCUCCAGCUGGUACUGUCCCUCCAGCUGGUGGAGGCCCCUGGGCUGCAGCCCCUGAAGCCCACGCCUUAAUCCCGCCCUGACCGUUCCCCACGCACACGUGAGUGCUCCUCACUGUGGUGAGUACGCACUUCACUACUGCACCAACAUCAAAAAAAAACUUUAGUCAAAAUCUUUAAAUUUAUAAACGGUUCUGUAGCAAAACCCUCGCUUUUCAGAUCUGCGUUACACAGGCGCUCUUCGACUCAUUAUGGUUCGGCUUACGAUAUUUUGACAUUACAAUGGUGCAAAAGCAAUUACUUUAAAAAUAAAACUUGAGAUAAUUAUCCAGCAUAAAGGCUGCAAGUUCCUAACUUUUUUUUUUUUUUUUU